AUAAUAAAAAAAAAGACAUAUCAAAUUGUCAGAGGCGAUGGAGCCGGGGAUCAAACGGACGAGGACCACGGCGUUUGCAAAAAUGACCAAAGUUCGUAGGAGGAGAGAGAUGGUUCUUUAUCAGAUUGGUGUUUCCUGCAGCAUUCUCUUCCUGGCCUGGUGCAUGUGCAGUCUGCUGUCCAGACUAGAGCAAGAGAACACUGGACAACAAGCGGCGCGGGACCUCAGGUGGUGGAACAGGAAGUUAAUGGCAGUGGUGAAGGACAACGGUACCCACACAAAGAACUGCACCGAGCCAGCUAUCCAUGAAUUUCCAAGUGAUCUAUUUACCAAUAAGGAAAGGCAACAUGGAGGAGUAUUACUUCAUAUAGCAGGGGCCGUAUAUAUGUUUUACGCACUGGCUAUAGUUUGUGAUGACUUCUUUGUUCCAGCUCUAGAAAAAAUAUGUGAGAGAUUACAUUUGAACGAAGAUGUAGCUGGUGCCACCUUUAUGGCGGCUGGGAGUUCAGCACCUGAGCUGUUUGCUUCAGUCAUCGGUGUCUUUAUCACCCAUGGAGAUGUUGGAGUUGGAACUAUUGUUGGUUCAGCAGUAUUUAACAUUCUGUGUAUCAUUGGUGUCUGCGGUCUAUUUGCAGGACAGAUUGUAUAUCUGACUCAGUGGUCUGUGUUCAGGGAUUCGUUGUACUAUACUUUGUCGGUCAUUCUGCUUAUUGUGUUCAUGUAUGAUGAGAAAAUUGAUUGGUGGGAAGGCCUUAUCCUGAUCCUGAUGUAUGCAGGCUAUAUACUUGUGAUGAAGUUUAAUAACAAGAUGCAGAGCUAUUUUGUGAGCAAGCUGAUGAAGGAUGUGGCAAAUGGCAAUGUGAUCGGCAACGAGAUGGAGGAUGGUAAUAUUGAUUCUCUCAGUAGUUGUGAUGAUCUGUCACUCCCAUUGUUAUCUCAAGUUCAAUCGGCCAAUGGUGUGGACAAGGAAAUCAGUGCAGCUGAGAAAUGUGAUGGUAUCGAAAAUGGAAAUGUUCCUCUGGACAUAAAUACAAAAGAAGAUGGCAACAAGGAUGAAAAUGAGCCAGAGCUCCUGUCACCAUUUUCUCCACCAGAUGGCAAUUUGAAUAAACUCAAGUGGCUAAGUUCAUGGCCGGUCCUCAUUAUGCUGUUCUUCACUGUACCUAACUGUACACAGCCUCGCUGGGAGAGGUUCUUCAUGAUUACCUUCAUCAUGUCUACCCUGUGGAUUGCCGUCUUCUCUUAUUUAAUGGUGUGGAUGGUCACUGUAAUAGGGUUCACACUCGGAAUUCCAGAUAUUAUCAUGGGAAUAACAUUUCUGGCAGCAGGAACAAGUGUUCCAGAUUGCAUGGCCAGCUUAAUUGUUGCCAGACAAGGAAUGGGAGACAUGGCCGUGUCCAACACAGUCGGAAGCAACGUGUUUGAUAUCCUUGUUGGCCUAGGUCUUCCAUGGGGACUUCAGACGAUAAUUAUUAACACCGGAUCCUUUGUACGCAUCAACAGCAGAGGCCUUGUUUAUUCUGUCAUACUUCUUUUAGGAUCCGUGGCACUCACGGUGGCUGGUAUCCACGUGAAUGGAUGGAAAUUGGAUAAAAAGCUUGGUAUUUAUGUGCUGGUCCUCUACGCUAUUUUCUUGUGUUUCUCAAUCAUGAUUGAAUUCAAUGUCUUUACAUUUGUCAACCUGCCAAUGUGCCAUGCCAGCAUUUAAGCAUGUCUGAGCGUGAAUGGAUUCCAUCAAGAAAAAGAACCUUCUUAAGCUGCUAUUGUAUCUUUCUUUGAUUUAUAAAGAAUGUUUUCUUUUGGCUAUUUUGAAAGUUAAAGCAGCCUUUCACACAGAGCCAAGACUAUUAUUUGAAAAGAAGACUGCUGACUGAUUGGUGUACACUGAAGUCAAAUAAGGAGCGCUCACUCCCUCCUAUGGAGUUUUUAAGAAUUACGCCUGUGGUUUAGCAAUUUGUCUCCACAUCUGGAUUUCCUGUUUGUUUUACAGCCUCUUGCUUGUUCACAUGAGCACAAAAUUACAAUGUGUUCAACAGCACGAGUGCUGAAGAUCAAUUUUUUAUUUCACAGGACUUCACCACACGUAUUAUGUGUGGGAAGCAAUUUGUUAAGCAGUCUUUCCUGACCUGAUUUUCAGUAGGGACCACAAUACAUGUUUAAGCCUGUCUUUGUUUUUAUUCAGAAAUAUAAAGAGUAUAUAUUGGAAUUGUGUGGACUUGAACAAGAUCAUUUGUAUAUUUGGUGACUGUAGCUUAAAGAAUGAACGAAAAUGCUAAACUUGUACAUUUUAAUAGGAAAGUAUGUAUGCUGACUUUAAGUUUGAAUUUUGAUUCAUAGUAUUUUGAUACUAUGUUAAUAUAUAAAUAUAUACACCUAUAUAGAGAGCAUACUGAAGAUAGAGUUCUUUUAUGAAAACUGAACAUUGUAUCAUUUUUAAACAUUUAAUUCAUUUGUUCCUGCUGUGAUAAACAUGAAUGAACUCAUUCUUCAACUGAAUUAUAUGGUGCAAUAUGGUUCCAUCAAAAUUUAAUGAUAUUUUUGGCAAUAUAAAUAUGACUGUAUAUGCCAUCAUCACUGCACAUAAUGUGAACACAUGGAGCAUAAGUCUCUAUGUAGGGACUUCUUGAUUUUUUUUUACUGUCUUGGAAAAUUGAAGAAAAGGGAUGCAAGCCCUUUAGUUUAUAUAUUUUCUCAUUUAAUGGUUGCUUUCUGCUUGAAAGGCAAAAGACAAAGAGCAAAUUAAUUUUUCUUCCAAAUCCGAUAGAGGCCAUACAACUAGGUAUGGUAUGUCUUUAAAAAUGCGUGUUAUUAAUUAAUCCUAUAUUUACAGUUUUAAUAUGAAACUAAGAAUGGUUUGUAAAGCUACUUUUUGACUGUAAAUCAUCAUUUGGCUUUUGGUAAGUUUCAAAUUAAACAGAAAGCCAAUUCUAGAAAAUGAUGAAAUUGGCAUAUGAAUUUAAAUAUACACGUAGACAUAAUUGCUAUACUGGCAACAUCUUUAAAAAUGCCUAUUGAUCUUGUAUUUCAAUUUUAAUGUAAAAUUGACAAUGAUUUUUGAAACUAUUUUAAUUGCAAAUCAUCACUUGACUUUUAGCAAGCUACAAAUUAAACAAAAAGCCAGUUCUGGAAGUAGUGAAAUGAUCGUAUAAAUUUUAAAUAUAUAUGUAGAUAUAAUUGUUCUACUAUAAAGCACAUAUUACAUGAUAGAAAC